GAUGUGGAGACACUUUUACUACCUUAUAAAAGGCCAGAGCUGGGACAGCUGUCACCCCCUACAAAUGGUCAUGGAAAUUUCCUCUGGAUUUCUGCAGAAAAGUCCUCAUGGGAACUUUCCCUGGCACUCCUGCUGUUUCUGAAAGUAGGCUAUCUCUGUUGUUUCCAUCAAAGCCAUUGUCUUAAUGAAGAUGCAUGAUGUUCCUGGCACCGAGUAGUGUGUUACAGUCAAAUCAGGAGACCUCGCCUCCUUUUUUUGCCCUGUUAAUUUGUGUCUGCAUUCCUUUUUGACAUCCCCCAGUAAAUAUCCAGCAGUGUCAGACACAAGCGAGCUUGAUCAGAAUGAAAGUUAACAAGGCAAAGUGUAUUAAAAAUGGGAAGUAAUUAAGGCCUAUGAAUUGCACAGGAUUUGCCUCAUAAAAACCAGGUGGAUUGUUUUGCCAGCGGACAAAACUAGAUUUGGGAUUUGGUCUGGAAACCAGGAGGGGGCUGGAGGAAAAACGAGGCAGGAGGGUGAAGGGUGGCAGAGAUGCAGGGGCUUUACUGGAGUGGGUGGAGGGGAAGAAGUGGGCCGUCCUAAGAUUCUUUCAAUAGCAUUGCACCUUUCCUCACAUUCGUAAUACACAGCUAUCACGGCCCGGGUCCUGUCUGUGGUCAAAAACCGUCACUAAAUGCUGGGGGAGAGACUCCAUAGGCACAGACAUAGAAGAGCAACACGACUUCUGCUGGACAGAUCAAGUAAAGGGAGACGACGGGAACUGACCUCCUUGCACGUCUGUUAUCUCUCUUAUUUGGUUUCUUUGGAGUGAGAGCGUGGCUUAACGACAUCUUUACAUUUGUUCAUCCAUCCAGCUGUGUGUGUGGCAGUGAGAGUGUCCUGUACCCUGUAACUAUGAAAGCCACAUAUGUGCUACUUUGUGUGGGUCUGCUUGUUCUUCCUGCUACAAUCUGUCAGUCUCCUGCUGAACGUGACUCUUACACAGAGUGUACAGAUGGCUAUGAGUGGGACGUGCAGACUCAACUCUGUCGAGACAUAAACGAGUGUGAUACUAUUCAGGGGGCAUGUCGGGGAGAGAUGAAAUGCUUUAAUCACUAUGGUGGUUACCUGUGCCUUCCUCGCUCCGCCUAUGUGGUCACCGCACCUGAGCCCUCCAGCCAAUCAGAGCCCAGUGUGCCUGUGGAGACAAGCGAGGCCUUUAACCCCUGUCCCGUAGGCUACAGGGCCCAAGGAGAUACCUGUGUGGACAUUGAUGAGUGUGAAUUAGACAUGCAUGACUGCCAGCCCAGCCAGCAGUGCAUCAACACUGUGGGCACCUACACCUGUGAGUGCCCUGAUGGCUACAGCAAGAUUGGCAUUGAGUGUGUUGAUAUCGACGAGUGCAGAUACAGGUACUGUCAGCAUCGCUGCGUAAACGUGCCAGGAUCUUUCUCUUGUGAAUGUGAGCCUGGAUUUCAGCUGGCAGCAAACAACCGAUCAUGUGUUGAUGUAAAUGAGUGUGAGAUGGGAGCACCUUGUCAGCAAAGGUGUUACAACAGUUAUGGUACAUUCCUGUGUCGCUGUGAUCAGGGCUAUGACCUGGGACCUGAUGGAUACUCAUGCAAUGAUAUUGAUGAGUGCAGCUAUUCCAGUUUCCUUUGCCAGUUUCAGUGUGUGAAUGAGCCUGGAGCUUUUUCCUGUGUUUGUCCAGACGGUUACGAGCUACUUGGAACACGACUCUGCCAGGAUGUGAAUGAGUGUGAGACAGGCACUCAUCUGUGUGGGGAGAGACAGGUCUGUGUGAACAUCCAUGGUGGGCAUCAGUGCGUGGACUACAACCGCUGCCAGGACCCCUACAUCCAGGUCUCAGAGAAUCGUUGUAUAUGUCCAGUGGUGAAGCCAGAGUGUCGUGACAUGCCUUUCUCCAUUGUGCAUCGAUACAUGAGCAUCACCUCUGAACGCUCCGUUCCCUCAGACAUCUUCCAGAUCCAGGCUACCAGCAUCUAUCCUGGAGCCAACAACUCCUUCCGCAUUCGUUCUGGAGACGAAAAUGGAGAAUUCUACAUACGGCAAAUCAACAACAUCAGUGCCAUGUUGGUUUUGGCCCGAGCAGUAACUGGACCGAAGGAGUAUGUCCUCGAUUUGGAGAUGGUGUCUGUCAAUCCUCUCAUGAACUACCAGACCAGCUCUGUUCUUCGUCUCUCCGUUUAUGUUGGGCCUCAUGCUUUCUGAGGAGAGAGAAAUGGAGGGAUAAACAUAGGAAAAACACUGAAUGACAGAAGAAUUUUUAAUUCAGUCUAUUUCUACUUUCAUGUGUUAAAAAUUGGGAACACAAUUCCAGAACUCACUAGCUAAUGUGAAAUAGUCUUUUUUUGUGGCUGACUUUGGCCUGUGACUACAGGCCUAUUCUGGGAAGUGCUAAAGUAUCUGAACAUUCAUUCCUCUCACUUUGUCACCAUAGACUCAUUCUCACACAUACAUGCAGCAUACAAGCACACACACAAACACAAACACAUAUCAGCUCCAGAUAUUUCAAAAAGAUACAUUGAGAUAUCAUUUCUUAUUAGUAUCAGUUUUGCUAACAAAGUCCCACAAUGGAUAUUUACAGUAUAAUUAUAUCUAACCUACAUAUAACACACAUUACAAAGAACAUUUGUCAUUACAUUGAUCUAGUGUAAUACUGUAUUAUCUCAAAAAACACAAACUAAAGGCAAUCAGGUCUCUAUGCACCUUGAAUGAAACAUGAGGAGAACACAUUUCUAUGUAAAUAAUUUGUGAAACCUUUCUUAAGUAUAUUUUUGCAGUUUUUCUAAUGCUUACUGAAUUCACUUCUGCUUGUGUUUCCUCAGUUAGACUCCUUAAUGAUACAAAACUCAUUUUUUUAUUUUUUGUUUUAUAUUUUUUGCAUGAUUACAUUGUUAAAGUAAAAAGUAAAUACAGUGCACAGCAUAAAUCAGUACACCCCCUCUGAACAAAUACAAAAGAUGAAUUUUC